CUGUGCUACAAGAUUAUUCAGCAUAUGCCACGCUGCAAGUUCUUCCCUAACUGAGAGAACAACAACGACAUCUCGGCGUACAAGCACAUCUACAAUGACACCAACUACAACUCCAGCUGAUUCACAACCUUUCACAGCAGCAACAAGACGAUUCACAGCAGCAACACAAUCCACGACAGCAAGAACACAAUCAACAACAACAAGAACAACGACGUCAGUCAAGUCUUCAAGUAUAGAAACUACAACCCUUUCAACACUAGAAUCAUCAACGUCAAUGAUGUCAUCGGACACUAUUGCCAUGAUCUCUACAAAACCAACUGUCAUGCCAACAACACCAAUGCCAGUCGUUAUUGCCGUCUCGUCCGGAGCUGCAGGGGGAGCAGUUGUGGUCUUAGCUGGGGUUGUAAUUGUUCUCUGUCAAAGAAACAAACAGAAAAGACUGCGUGUCAGGACCAAUGACACGAUUGCUGGUGACGACACUGAAUCUGGUACAGUAGCGGAUGUAAGGACAAAACCAGAGGUUGAGUACGCUGUUGUCAGGAAAAUAAAGACGAAACAACCAUCACAAGUGCAUGACUGUAACACUGAGUCAGGCUACCAUUACGCAUCCGUGGAUGAUGGCGCUCGUCCCAUGAAGCAAGGCGUCAAUGACCAAACAUAUGACACAGCAACAAUCACAGAGAAGAAACAACCAAUCACCUUUGACAACACAUAUGCUCGCGCGAUAUUCAGCCAAUCAGGAGCGGACACAGGGGAUGACGUGUAUGAUCACACGCGUGUGACCGGGAAGGCGUCACAAGAAGUUGAUGCAAGCCAUUACGACCAUGCAUUCUUCAAAUAACAAUCUCGCAGUAUUUGAUGUUAGGUUAAAUCUUAACAUGUACAUAUUUGCAAAUCAAUACUUUUGUAUCCGAGGUGCUGUUUCUUUGGUUAACAUGGUAAAGUUUAUAUUUUAUAACAUUAUGCAUAUUUGUAUUUCGUGUCCCGGUAAUCAACCCAAACGAUGGAAAACCAGAACCUCAUAAUUACCAAGACAACCGAUCUGGAUCGGGUGAUCAUACGUAGAACCUGGUAAAUGUGUGUCGCCUUGGUCUCUGGCUCAGACUUGACUCUGUACAGAAUAAGGAAGAGAAUAUAUGGAUGUCAUAUAUGUAAACAUAUACUCCGAAACGUUGUGUUCCUCAUAAUACAGACGUUGACAUCCAUAUAUUCUCUUCCUUAUGUGUAUCUCACUUCUAAAUGCCUUUCAAAGACCUAUUUACUGAAUGUUGUGAUAUGGCGUCAAACAACAUUCACUCAAUCAUUUCUAUCGCCCCCUGCCGCAUGCGGGAGAACAACGGAAAGGUUUGUAACAUUAGUGUCACGGAUAUACACUUAGUCACCAUGGUCGACAGAUCAGUGUAUCUCAUUCUACUUUCCCCUAUUGCCCGUGAACACAUACGACUUUUGCAGUGUCGUAGUGACCUUUGUCUAUAUUUAGUCAACUAGCGUCAGGAGUUUGUUUAUUAUUGUACAUAUAAUGUCAAAGCAAGAGAAUAAUCAUUCUUCAUUACCCACCGAAAAGAUUCCAUUGGCGCACAGGGCAAAAAUGGACCACUGAAAAUCAGCGAGGACAGCAGGUGUUCGCGAAAAAGGAAGCAUGUCCUGCCCCAAGGCUAGCACCAGCCAUUUGCACAAGUUGAAAUAAGUCAAUAGGCUCCACUCUGUGCACGAACUUUGUAUGAAUUUUGACAUACCGUUUGUGCGAUGUAUUCUCAGCCCUCAAAGGCCUGGGCAGUGGCUCCCCUCAGUUUUCAACAAGUUUUAUGGUAGAAAUGUAGAGGUCAUUUCAAAAUUUCAUGCAUCAGUGACAGACAUGACGUUUUUCUUUUUUUGACUUGUACAGUAUGUUCCUGUGUUCUUUCUUUUUUCAGAUAAACAAUUUUCUUGCCUGUGCAUGUGUUUGUGACGGGUUCCAUAGCUGGGGCAGGCUACGCUCACCUUUUCGCGAACACCUUGUAUCAUCAUUGUAUACAUUAAAUAUGUUAUUAACUUUUCGCUAUGUUCAUUGCAAUACCUGCAUUCUAAUUAGCUGAAUUGGUCCCGUGUUAUUGCAUUCUAAUCCUAAUGAAUGAAAAAAAAUUAAGCCUCGCCCACUGAAGCGGACUACUGUUAUCACUUCGGAAUGUCGUGGAAUCCCAACAAUACAGUCGAGGGAAUUCCCUUUCUGCUCACGUGAAUUGUCAUGCGGAGGACAUGUUUCGAAAUUCGUGCAUAUUCAAUGUCCAAACUACCCUUCAUGUUUCAUUUCUAACCCGCAUUUUUCAAACUGUUUUCCCGUUCUCAGGGAACAAAUGUUUGAAUCUGGUGGUAACUGACCCUGUCAUU